GCUCCAUGAGUAGCCCAGUAGACACACACUGUGCAUUGCUUCUCCCUUCCAUCCAGCAGCACAGUCUCAUUUCUCCACACACCAGCUCUGAGUGGAAGCUCAGCAGGGGUGUCUGGGAUAACCGCACGGAGGCUCUGGCGACGACUCUCUACAAUCCACAGAUAAAGAACGCCGGUGGAGGGGAGAAUGGGCAAAUCAGAAAGUCAAAUGGACAUCAUGGAGAAAUCAAGCAAACCAGGGAAGCGCCGUUGGACCAUCGCAGAGAUCAGCCUGUCUGUUCUGCUGCUGCUGCUCAGCUGUGCCUUGGCAGGGCUAAUAGUGCUCUAUACGUCGGCUGUGAAGGAACAAUCCAACAGGACUGGUGUCUGGACUAGCUCCACGGACAAGGGGCAGCAGCACGGCUCCAACAUCAACAACGUGUGCACGACCGCAGAGUGUGUUGUUGCAGCCGCGAGACUCCUGCAGAACAUGGAUGCCUCGGUGAAGCCGUGUGAGAACUUCUACCAGUACGCCUGCGGGGGUUGGCUGGAGCGCCAUGUCAUCCCAGAGACCAGCUCCCGUCACAGUGUGUUUGACAUUCUGGGGGACAAGCUGGAGAUUGUCCUCAAAGGUGUUCUGGAGACUGAGAACGAGGAGGACAGGGUGGCUAUACGCAAGGCCAAGACACUUUACAGCUCCUGCAUGAACGAGAGUCUGAUAGAACAGCGAGACUCCCAGCCUCUGUUGAGGCUCAUUGAAAGUAUCGGAGACUGGCCAAUUGCCUCCGAUGAUUGGAACACGACCACAGAGGAGGCGUGGAGUCUGGAGGACGAACUGGCAACACUCACAUCUCGCUUUCAUAAGAAGGUGCUGCUGGACAUGUACGUGUGGACGGACGACCGAGACUCCUGUCGCCAUAUCAUUUACAUUGACCAGCCUGGUCUUGGAAUGCCAUCCAGAGACUAUUAUUUCAACGAUGGAAAUUACCAAAAGGUACGAGAGGCCUAUCUGCAUUUCAUGGUUUCCAUCGCCAAAAUCGCCCGAGAGGACCGGAACCUGACCCAAGACGACGACCGCGUGUGGGAGGAGAUGGGGCAGGUGCUGGACCUGGAGACAGAUAUUGCAAACGCCACGUCCCCGGUGGAGGAGCGGCAAGAUGUCACGGUUCUUUACAACCGGAUGACCCUGGCAGAGCUCCAGGACUCCUUCAAGUUCAACGGUUUUAACUGGACUAGAUUCAUCCAAGGUGUACUGUCCAGUGUGUCCAUCAAAAUACAGCCUGAAGAGGACGUGGUGGUCUACAGCUCUCCAUACCUGGAGAAAAUGAAUGAAGUUUUAGCCAAACAUAGUGUCAGAACUAUGAAGAACUACCUCACCUGGCAGCUCAUCCUUGAUCGAAUCAACAGCCUGAGUCGCCGCUUCAAGGAAGCCAGAGCACACUACAGAAAGGCUCUGUUCGGCACCACGGUAGAGGAGGUGCGUUGGCGUGACUGUGUGCGCUACAUCCAAAGCAGCAUGGAGAACGCGGUGGGGGCGCUGUACGUGCGCGAGACCUUCGCUGGAGAGAGCAAACGCAUGGUCAGUGACCUCAUCAGUAAGAUCCAAGAAGCCUACGUGGAAACCCUGGAGGAGCUGAGCUGGAUGGACGCGCCCUCCAAGGAGAAGGCCAGAGAGAAGGCCAUGGCCAUAAAGGAACACAUUGGGUAUCCAGACCACAUUCUGGAAAAGAACAAUCAGAAGCUGGAUGAGGAGUAUGCCCAUCUUAAUUUUACAGAAGAUAACUACUUUGAGAACAUCCUUGAAAACCUCCAGUGUGAGGCACAUAAAAGCCUGAAGAAACUCAGAGAACCAGUUGACUCAGACCUAUGGAUCAUUGGUGCUGCUGUAGUGAAUGCGUUUUACUCACCAAACAGAAACCAGAUCGUAUUUCCUGCAGGUAUUCUACAGCCACCUUUUUUCAGUAAGCAUCAGCCGCAGGCCCUCAACUUUGGCGGGAUUGGCAUGGUGAUUGGACACGAGAUCACACAUGGGUUUGAUGACAAUGGGCGCAAUUUUGACAAGGACGGUAACAUGCUCAACUGGUGGAGUAAUUACUCUGCCGAGCACUUUAAAGAGCAGUCCCAGUGCAUGGUGCAACAGUAUGGGAACUUCCACUGGAAGCUUGCAGGUGGACAGAAUGUCAGCGGUAUCAGUACACUGGGGGAAAACAUUGCCGACAAUGGAGGAGUGAGGCAAGCUUUUAAGGCUUAUCUGAAGUGGGUGGCUACAGAAGGUGAAGAGCCUCAUUUACCUGGACUAGACCUGAAUCAUAAACAGCUUUUCUUUCUUAACUUUGCCCAGGUUUGGUGCGGUGCCUAUCGCCCUGAGUAUGCUAGCCAGUCCAUCAAAACCGACUCCCACAGUCCCCUAGAAUACAGAGUUCUUGGAUCCCUGCAGAACUUUGAAGCCUUCUCCGAGGCGUUCCAGUGUGAAAAAGGCAGCCUUAUGAAUCCUGAGAUGAAAUGCCGGGUCUGGUAGACCAUUCUGGUACUUUUGCUAUUUAUUGCUAUGGAUAACUCAUAAAAGCUGGUGAAAAUCUUGAAACCAACAGAGAUAUCCUGCGUGAACUCCAUCUGCAAUAACUCUCUCUCUCUAUAUAUAUAUGUAUUUACAUGGCGAAAGAUCACACAUUUACAUAUUAACAUUCUCUUGAGAAAACUCGAGCUGUUGUUUCGAGACUGGACGCGUAUACACGUAUGUCAGUGAACACACAGAAAGGAAUAGAGUAUUGCUGCUCAUAUUUGAAGUCUUGCUUGUGGUCACUGGUCUCUGCUUACAAACGGUCACACUGUGUCCUUCUGGGGGCGUAAGUGAAAACAGCUACGUAAAACAAACAAACCAAGAGCGUGAUGAACGCUGAGGCUGACAGCUGGGCUUAACGGGCUUUACCAACACUUCUUGAAUUAGUCCUUUCGAAAUAUGGGGAAGGAUCUUUGUGAUUAUUCCCGAUCUGUGGGCACAAAGUUGCCUUGUUGUGUUUGCUUUUAUUCUCUUUGAGUCAAAACGUUGAACAAGAAGAACAAGCACCAGUGUCGUUCGGCCGAAAGCUUGAAAAUGAGAUAAAUGUGUGAUGGGAGUUUUGCUGAAGCAGAGCUAAAUAUAAUUAGUCACACUAUGAGGCUUUAGUCAUUCACUGUAAAAUUAAGGAAAUUACAUGAAGACUUUAAGACUGUUAAAUCUUUCCAGCUUUAAAAAAAAAAAAAGAGACAUUUAUUAAAUACUGACAGAUUAACAUAUCUUUUUACAGUGAACUUGUACAGCGUGACUACAUUUAAAAUGUAAAAGCUAUUAAGAAUUUGUAUUCAUACCGCAUAUCAUCCAAACUCCAUUCUCUCACAGUCGAAUUGCAAGUUUAUGCCAUCGGGCAUGGUGUUACAGUCAUGGGAGGUAGAGGCACAAGUGGGGUUUCUGUAUGCCUGAACACUAUUCCUAAAAGGUUAUACAAGUGUCGGCAAUACCUUGGAGAGUAAAAGUUCACCCAAAUGCAGAUUGGACUAAAAUGUAUGGCUUAUUUUACUAUAAUAAUAAAAUCUUGGAUCCUAUCUGUUAGUUAAGGAAAGCCUUAACAUUUGGGACUGAAUAUGGUCUAACUGAUACUCCAACCCAUACCCCAGACGUCCCCUGGACUCCCUCGGCCCGUUCUACCUUGUGUUGUCAAAUAGGACAUGACCUUUGACCUGUGUGCCGUUUAUGUUACGUACAUGUUCUUAUCAAGUCUCUAAUAACCAAGUGUGUUUGUGGUUCAAGUGAUAGAUACACAUUUCUGGACAACAAUAGAUAUAUCCUUUUUGAGAAAAAUCUGUGAGUUUACGUUUUGAUAUACAAAGUGACACAAAUACUCUUUGGUCCAGGAAAAAAAUGAACACAGACGAAUUAGUGAGAAAGCAGAGUGCCGGAGAGGGAUUAUCUGGACAUGUAUCAAAUGAAGUGGGCUACCUUGAACCAUAUUGAUCAGCGGUGUGCACAUGAAAGAAAAAGAGGCAGAGAGAUAGAGAGACAGAGCGAGAGAGGGAGAGGGAGAGAGGGAGAGGGAGAGGGAGAGAGAGAGAGAGAGAGAGAGAGAGAGUGGGAGAGCGGUCGCUUUGUGCCGGAGCAUGUUGUCCACAGAGAUGAAGCUGGCCACUCUGGGUCCUAGGGAUUAGCGUGGCCAUUACGGAGUCGCGCAGGGCAGGGGGGGGGGGGGGGGUCUGUUAUUUUCUACCUUGAUUAACGGGUAAUGACAGUGGAACACGGGAGCAGUACAUAGAGAAGACAGAGAGAGGGUUGACUUGACUAUAUGACCAAUCAGGUUAGCCCGUGGAGUUGUUGUUGUUGUUGUUGUGGCAGCAGCCACAAAGGAACAUCUGGCUCCAAUUGUUCUUCAUCAUAGGGUUGUAGGCAUUGGGACUACUCAACAUUACAGCACGGGAAUAACAGUGCGACACAGAUUUUGCUGAUCCGAACCUGUUUUUAUAACUUAUGCAAUAUCAAUAUCAUAUUCAAGUGUAGCCAUGUUGAUGUAGCCUAUAGGGAAGAAUAUUGUAUUAAGGUCGUAGUUAGUCACUUCUUCGAAACAAUUAUUUAAAUACCAGUUUAUAUACAUUCACCCUCAUCUCGAAUAUAAUGUAACUUGCAUGUUAUGUCUUGUUGCAAGUGCAACCCAUUCCCUACUAUACAGACUAAGUCUCUCUAUCACUCAGAAUAGUGUGUUAUGUGGAAUCAGUAUAUUUGAGGAGGAACAUCCCCAAGCUCACAAUGUAUCCUCUCACACUAUUGUAAGAGGCUUUGGAUAAUAGUGGGUCCAAAAUGACUUUCAUUUACACAAAGUUCCCUGAAACUGAAGUUUCGGAGAGCGCAGGCAAUAUGCAGUUGGGAGGGGUGAUUGACGAUCACUAUUUAGGUCCAACAAGGGUUCAGAUUUGGCAGCUGUGUUGCAACUAUUUCCUUUAGUGAGCUGUUAAAGUGCAACAACAUGAAGUUAGCAAACUCCCCGCUGAAACAAGGUCUCUGGAAAGUGGAUCACGUAGUAAUUAGCGAGAGCUGAGGUCUGCAGCCGGGGGAGAACCAGGAAACGUAGCACUGCUCCAGGUAACCCGACAUAACUUUCAUGUGGAGGUUAAGCAUUGCUGGUGGGCCGGUGGACGUGUGUCACUGAGUACGGACCGAAUUAAUGCAGCAUUUCCAGCUGUUACUCUGUUCUUACACAUUGACAAAAGAUUGAAUAUAAUCAAUGACACCACUUAGAUAUAGUACUUAUAUAUUGUUAUAUAUUAUGUAACUGAAUAUAUAACUGAAAGAUAUAUUCGUUGUCUAUUAUAUUAUCCAGUAAUAUGGUAGAUAUUUCGCUGUGACUAUGUGAAAUAAUAUGGAGGCCUAAUUACAAUGUGAUAUUCAUAACAUUGAGGUAAAUGCAGUGAAGGUCAUCGUGUUAUUUCCGUGCUGUAACGUUGCUACCGGUCGAAGGUCCCAUUGGGGAUGCCUUCCUAAGUUCAACAUGACUGUUAGUUUGUGGCCAUAUAGACUGCUACAAUGAAUGUGCCAAUGGAAGCUUUAUACGCUCAGCCUGUUUACUCUACAUAUUGGCCAACACUGUUUCCGACCGGGGGACAUUCAAAACCUCUGUGGCUAGGGACUGUUCAACUUGGAGCACUAAUACUGAGAGUGUGUUGCCGUCUACAGCAGCUAUUCACUUUUCACUUCAAAAAACAUAUAAGCUAACCAACAAUAUAGUUUGGCUUUGAUAUUUUAGAAGCAACUGCUUGGCCUUUUGUAGAUUUUUCUCACUUUCUCUUUACAUGUAAGGAAACAGAUGAAGAGUCCUUAUUGUAUAGAGUAAAAUAGCUAGGUUAUAUACAGUGUGAUGUUAGACAAAAUGUUCGGUAUGCCCUGUACAGUCGUGAUAACAAAUCAACAGAAUGCAGAGGUGGGAAAAUAUAUGGCUUGCAAAUUCUUAACUGUUCUGUUUAGCUUUAUAUUCCUGUAAAAUCAUUUUAAGAGUAAUCAUCAAAUGCUAAUCCUAAUGGUACAUAUAUAUUGCUUUAUAUGUCGGCUAUAGAAGCCAUAAACCAACCAAACCAGAGAAAGUUUAUUUAUCUAUGUAUUUAUAAUAUACCCUUGUUGCUCUGCAUAAGUAUUAAAGGAUGUUACAUGAAUGUUUCUGCUGCUAUGUAAUUUUUGAGACUGCUAUUUUUGUGCCUCAAAUAUGUUAUAAAUUCCAUUAAAGUAUCUUUACUUG